ACCGAAAUCAUUCUUAUCUAAAAUAAGUAUUCCCUACACUCCUUUAUUUUCUCUCUCCUACUCAAAUCAAAAUUCUCUCCUCUUUUUUUGGUCAUCGGAGAAGUGAUGGGGUCGAUAGAGCAGACGAUACUAGUGACGGGAGGCGCGGGGUUCAUAGGGAGCCACACGGCGGUGCAGCUACUCAACGAGGGCUUCAGAGUCGUCAUCUUUGAUAAUCUUGAUAAUUCUUGUAUUGAAGCUGUUCAUCGCGUCCGCGAACUCGUCGGACCCAAGCUCUCCCAGAAGCUUCAGUUUCAUCUGGGUGAUUUGAGAAAUAAGGAGGAGUUGGACAAGCUAUUUUCGCAAACUAAGUUUGAUGCUGUGAUCCAUUUUGCUGGCUUGAAAGCUGUUGGGGAGAGUGUUGCGCACCCUCUCCGCUAUUUUGACAACAAUUUGAUUGGCACUAUUAAUCUCUAUGAUAUCAUGGCAAAAUACAAUUGCAAAAAGAUGGUUUUUUCUUCAUCUGCAACUGUUUAUGGCCAACCUGAAAAAAUUCCUUGUGUUGAGGAUUUUGACCUUGUAGCUCUGAAUCCAUAUGGUCGUACCAAGCUUUUCCUCGAAGAAAUUGCUCGAGAUAUUCACAGGGCAGAGCCAGAUUGGGGAAUUAUUCUUCUGAGGUAUUUCAACCCCGUGGGGGCUCAUGAGAGUGGUAAAAUUGGUGAAGAUCCUAAAGGCAUACCAAACAAUCUCAUGCCUUACAUACAGCAAGUAGCUGUUGGAAGAUUGCCUGAGCUUAAUGUCUAUGGUCAUGACUAUCCCACCAGGGAUGGUACUGCGAUCCGAGACUACAUCCAUGUGAUGGACUUAGCAGAUGGCCAUAUUGCUGCUCUUCAGAAGCUUUUUACUACAGAGAAUACAGGUUGUAUCGCCUACAAUCUGGGAACCGGACAAGGUACAUCAGUGCUCGAAAUGGUUGCUGCCUUUGAAAAAGCUUCUGGGAAGAAAAUCCCUAUCAAACUAUGUCCAAGAAGGCCAGGAGAUGCUACUGCUGUUUAUGCUUCAACUGAGAAAGCUAGAAGGGAACUUGGUUGGAAGGCGAAAUAUGGAGUGGAGGAGAUGUGCAGAGACCAAUGGAAUUGGGCAGUAAACAAUCCAUGGGGGUACGUUGCCCCGUCCAAGGACUCCAAGCCUUGAGUAGUAGCAUUAGCAUAUGUGUAUAUAUGCGCAGCACACAGAAGUAGGACAAACCUGCUUCACUCCCUGGAUGAAUAAGGCACUCUAGGAGUGCUGCUACAUAUGUUGGAGAGAACAUAAGUCUUUUCUUUUUCCAUAUAUUAGGAAUUGUCACUUUAUGAGAAUAAAGUCCUUUGCAAAUAUAGAAGAGAAAGAUCAAACCGCUGUUCGUUUUCUGAUUUCUAGUAACUGGUGCAUAUACUAAUCAGCAUUCAUGGUGUGGGAAGUUCCUAAAUCCUAACACAAGAAUUUACAUGAUCGAUUCAAGUGGUUUCGCCCAUGUUUCAGGUGUGAUUGGGAUGGAUAGCUUUUGCUUAAGCUAAGAUUGGAUAAGAUAUGGACUCUCAAGUUUGUUUAUGUUGGAUAAUAUAUUCUUAGCCGAACUGUUGAAUGAGCCUAAAUACGUUUACCAGAAGCGUGCGGCGGUUUUAAGUUUUGAACGCUGCGUGAGACUAGAAAGAUAAUCGUACGCUAGAAUGUUCAAUUCACAACUCGUAUGUCACGACUAUGAAGUAUAAAAAGGAC